AGAGUCUACACAGAUUAUCAAGAUGGCCGCCUCCUUACCACACCCAAAGAUCGUCAAGAAGCACACCAAGAAGUUCAAGAGACAUCACUCUGACAGAUACCACCGUGUUGGUGAAUCUUGGAGAAAGCAAAAGGGUAUUGACUCUUGUGUUAGAAGAAGAUUCAGAGGUACCAUUCCUCAACCAAACAUCGGUUACGGUUCUAACAAGAAGACCAGACACAUGAUGCCAUCUGGUCACAAGGCUUACUUGGUUAAGAACGUUAAGGACUUGGACGUUUUGUUGUUGCACACCAAGACUUACGCUGCUGAAAUCGCCCACAACAUCUCUGCCAAGAACAGAGUUGAAAUUGUUGCCAAGGCUAAGAAGUUGGGUCUUAAGGUCACCAACCCUAAGGGUAGAGUUUCCUUGGAAGCUUAAAUAUAGUUUUUGGGUUAUUUUAAGUCAUGAUAAGUUCUUUUAAUAAAAAAUUGUACAUUUAAAAGAAAUAUUUGUUUGUAUACUUUUGAUGUAUAAAU